GAAUAGCUGAUUUCAUCUUUAUUCACUUUGGUUUCUAAUUCUCUGAUUGAAUGUCAUCAGCACUCUCCAGUGGUUAAAUAUUUCAUGUGCAGUUUCCAGAUCUUUUGUAAUUACUUUUUUCACUUGGUAACAGUCUUUAUACUUGGUAUAGUGAUUAUUAUUAUAAUUAUUAUUAUCAUUCUGCUACCUGUGUGGAAUUUUUUUUUUGUUUCAAGCUUGAUGUGUAUACAACCGGGAGCAUUAUGUAUGAAUAUGGUAACACUUUGAAUUAACUAAACUGAUGUGAAAAUGUAUUUACUCUGAGCAGUGCCAGCGGAGCAUCUCUGCAGUGCAGCUGCCCUAGUUACAGAGCAGCUGAGUAACUGUGAGAGCCUGUGGUUGGCCCAGGCAGACAGAGGGGGAGUUUUUUAAUGGUUGACUGAAUUAUGGAGUGUCGGCUGUGCUGAGGGCCACAUGCAGACAGCACAGUAGGACUUAGACUGGAGGACCAGUGGUUUAAAGUGAGGCAGCAGACUCUGACAGGAGUGGCCUGCAGUUGCGCUUUAUGGUUUGUUUGUUUUUUUGUUUUUUUUAAAUCUUUUUCUGCUCUGUUGGGAUGCUCUUACACCAGAACUAAAGAUGCAUUUUUGUUACUAACCACAAAAGUCUGUAAUUGGGUCCCUGAGGCAAUGAUCCUGCUUUAGCUACAGCUAGAGAAACAACUGGAUCAUUUUGACACCUACACAGGCAAAACAGAAAAACCCAGGAGCAGUCUCACAGGGAGAUCAACAUAAACACUUCAAAUACAGACAGCAAAGACCAAUAGACGAUUUAUACAGUUAACAUUUACAUGCAGCAUUAAAAUAUGUCUCCAUGGUCUGCACAAAAUUUAAAAUGAUUUCACUCAAAUUUAUCCAAUCGGACAUAAUGCCACCCCCCCCCUCAGAGCCUCACACAGAGUUUACACCUAAACUUUAAUCUUACUGUCCUAAGACUUCCUAAUAAAAUGAGCAGUUUUGCACUGCUGUUACUGUCUGAUUAGCCUCAGGAAGUGUGGUGAGGAUCCACAAAACAUUUCUACUGCAUUUAUGUAAUGCAUUUUUAAUUCUCAUUAGUAUAUUCUCAUGGAACAAGCUCAAUGCAUUUUUCAUCACCUUCGACAACCAAACUGUAUUCUGCCUGAAUACGCAGUAGUGGUAGAGAUUGACUGUUCCAUGUACUCUAUUUUCUGCACAUAUAGUCUACUGUUCUACUCCUGUAUGCAUCCUCUGGCCUAGUUGUGAAUAUGUUCGUGCACCACUAAAACCACAUUCAAAGCAGAUUUCAAAGCACGCUUAAAAAAUGAUUCUAUUCUGUUGUGUCCUUUCAGGGUUUAAUUGUAGGAACAUGGCGACAGUUUCCAUGGUCCAACUUCAUCCAGCAGUAUGAUUGGAGCAUCCAGUCUCUCAGGGGACACCCUGAUAGCAUGCCACUUCCCUGUGGUGCAGCUUCCCACAUGGCAACUUCCUGUCCAGGCCCUGUGCAGCUCGGCCAAGAGGCCCGGCCGUCUGUGCUCAGUAGGCUUGACCCGAGCUGUCUCCCUCCCAGAGCAAGAAUCGCUCAACCGAGAGCACGCCUUCACCGGUGGACGAAAACAUUUUUCCAGCAGCUACAGUAGUCUCAAUGAGGACCGAGCGGAGGAGGAGGGGGCCAGCGACAGCAGCGGGAGAUACGACUCCACCUCGUCGCCAGAGGAGACGAGUUCCCAUCUAAAGAAGGAAAGCUCUGGGGGAAAAGGAGGCAGUCUGCGCUCACACAACUCAUUCCUUCCCAAUACAGAGCUAGAUGAGGAUGAGGAAGAUGAAGAUAGUGAUGGAGAUAAUCUGCACAGAUAUCACGAGGACUCAUCUUUUGUAUUGCAUGGAAAUUCCAACUGGCCACUAAAUAAUGGUGCCAGAAAUUACACAAUGCCCCAUGGCGACAUCGACAGCGAAUGGGGCAAUGAAGGGACCGUGCUGGGUGCUGAGAGUAACCAGGAGUGGCUCUCUAACCAGCCUAACCAGCUGGACUCACCGCAGACUGAAUGCCAGUGCUUUCAUGUGAGCAGAUCUGGCAUCACGAUGAUGGCUUGUGGAGAGCCGGACUCAGACAGACUGAAGGAUAACAUGUCCUGCUGCAUCCACGGCCAGCACAAAUGUUCGCCAGAGUUGUUGUCCAACAGUCACGCAGAGUAUGUCAGCGACUCUUCCUGUAACAGUUCUGACGGCGUCCUGGUUAACUUCUGCACCAUCUAUAACAGGAGCAACAACCCUGCCACGCCCCACGACCUCAGCAGUCCUGCAGUCCACCCCUCUCAGUCAUGUGAGGGAUCCGUGUUCCUCAACCUCCAACCGGUUCCCCAGACUCCGACCGAGGACCUCCGGCAAGAUGACAUGACAGUUAACUCUUCCCCGAAAGAGGAGGUUGGCGUGAAGCCCUCUGCUUCCUGCUGGUCUCCCCAGGGCCUCGACUCGAACUGCAACCUUUACUCCCUGGAGCCGCUACCCCCGGGUCUCUCUUCUCUGGAAGUAUCAGACCUGACUGCCUGCCUCCGAAGCCAGGCCACACUGGCCAUGGGGACCAACCAGAAGUACUACAAGCUUGUGACGUGUGAUCUCUCCUCUCAGUCGCCCAGCCCAGCCUGGUCCAGUCUCACCAGCUGCCCCGAGGGUCAGAGCAGAAUCAGCCCCUUCCCUCCCCCUGAACUCUUUAACCAUCAUAAGAAAGAAGGACAACACAAAGAAGUCAAGAAGGAGACCGAGGAUCAACAGGAGGAGAAGAGGUUCUCCUCAGCACAGUGCAGCGCCGGGUUUGACAGCCCCCAGUUUCCGACCUAUGAUUACCAGGUUGCCACCACCUCCACUGACAAAGCCCUCUGCAGGAAGAAACAUACAGACAGCAUCCAGAACCUCUCCCACACUCCCUGUUCACAGUGCCCCAGCCAGUGUAGCCCACAUAGCAGCAAAUGCCAAGACACAAGUGCUAUGUUCACACAGCCAUCUGUGAUUCUGGACCAGGAGCACUGUAACACUGAUGCUACUGAGAAGGGUGCGUGUUCAUUGGAAAAUGUAGUGGUGCGCUACAGUAAGGCCCAGAGGCCGACCUCGCUGCCCAUUCAGCCCUUCGUUCUGAUUCCUGCAGACAAACCUCAGUCCCAGGCCCAGCACCUGGGCUGUCUUCUGGAGCAGUACAUAAAUCACAAGAGCAGCAAGUCCAGUAGCUCCCGGCCUGGCUUCAAGGGAAAGGGCAAAACCCGUCAGUGCUUUUCUAAUCUUCAGCCCUCACCCAUGGGCAGCCACUGCCCCAUCUUCCUGGAAGGUCCCUCAAGCUCGGACACCUGCUCCACCUGCACACCGAGCCCAGAGUGCUUCAGCCGCAGACACACAUGGAGCCAGUCCAGCAGAAACCAAGGACGCCAGAGUCCAUGUACAUCAAAAAGCAGCCUGGAUCCAUCUCACAGCAGCAUAAAGCCCAAACCGGUUCAGGUGCAAGAUAAAACAAGCCCAUACUCAGGCGAAACUCAGACUACCAGUUUUGUAAAUCUGAUCUCAGGCCAAAAUCAAUCGCACCUUGUUAAAAUUCCCACCUACCAGGACCUGAUCAACCUCACCCCUGAGCAGAGCCACGCCAAGCUUGAACCUGAAAGUCCCCAUCAGUCCCAAAACCACACCUCCUACCAUUCAAUAUUCUCUCAUACACCACCAACUUUACCCCUAACCACUGAUACACAUCACCCAAACCUGCAAGUCUCCUCAUCUCCUCCCACAAUCUUGCAACCAGAAAAGAAAUGCCCACAGUUCAGAGCUACACCUGCAGCCGACUCCGGCUUUUUUCAUGGUAGUUUUGCAGCUGCCCUCUCCUCUGUAGCUCCUCUCUCCUCUUUGAGUUCUCUGCUCUCCUUGGCUGCUUCUGGGCUGCAUCCACAGCAAAUGCAGGACUCUGCUGGGCUCAGUGGGAAGCAUAGUCAGAGUCAGCACAGUGAUUCUUUGAUCCUGAGUGACAGGCCACCCACAGAGUUCUGCCUCUCCCCCGAUACAUCUUACGAGUCCCUGUCUAUCAGCCAUCUUCAGAGGAGAGGUUUGCUCAGGUCUGUGAGCAGGGCAGUGGAUUUAAUCAUGGCUCAUUUUGGCAGCAGCAGAGACCCUGAAGAAAAGAUGCGACUGGGUAACAGCUCCUGCAGUCCCACAAUUGCCGGCCUGGUCCUGGAACAUUUGUGUCCAACGAUCCAGAAUAUUUUAGAAGACGGGCUUCGGGAUCACAAACUGGAUCUCAUCAUCGGGCAGCGCCGCAACCACUGCUGGACUUUGGUGGAAGUCUCGACUAGGAUCGGUCCGUCCACAAAGGUCCUCCACAGCCUGGUCACAAAAAUCAGACAGUGUCCCCAGCUCACUAGCCACUGCAUGAGACUGAGGGCUUUCAUAAUGGGCCUGCUUAACUUGAGAGCUUUGGAAUUCUGGCUCAGUCACCUUCAGAGUCAGAAAGGUGUGGUAACAACAUACUACCAUUCUUGGGGGUUCCUGUCGAUGUCACUGGGGCGGUGUCAGCCCUUGUUUCAGGAGCUGCUGCUUCUGCUGCAGCCGCUCUCUGUGUUGCCCUUUGACCUCAACUUGCUCCUUGAGCCUCGACUGUUACGGGACAGGCAGCUGUGUCCUGAGGAGCAGCGCGUCUCUCCACCUCCGCCAUGCUCAGCCCUCCUAGUGACCAGCUGGCCACUACUGCAAGCCGACAGAAAGGUGGACAGCAGCCACAGCAGCCAGCAAACUAAGAUUUCACACCAGAUAGGUCUGCGUUACCAAGAGUCACUCAGUCCUCUGAAUUCAAGUUGCAUCAAGCAGCAGUAUGGAGGGAUGCAGAGUAACAGGAGUCCAUUGUUAGCUCCUAUUCCAGAGUGGUGGCCAAAGGAGCCUGACCUUAUGGAUGGUGUAGUUGAAGGGGAGGACUGUAGCCAGAAUUAUGCAGACACUUGGUCUCAGAUAAGUAUGGACAGCAGACAAGAAGAGAGGAGAAGAGAUAAAGACACUGGGACCCCAAAUGUGUCAACCUGUGUCCAGGCGGAGAGCCCUUGUCAGGGUGAACUGCGCUGGGCCAAACUGUUUGGAGCAGCAGAUACUUCCACCAGAGCAGAAACAGUUUCUCUGAGUCACACUGGAGCACAAACCAGAAGGCGACCAUCACAGUGGCUUCAUUUGGAUAAAUCGCAGCUUGGACUCUUGGCUCAGUCCAUAAAGUCAAUGAAGCUAGUAGGAGCACAGACUGACAAAAACAAGGACUACUGAAGACUACACCCUCUGUGGGUGGAGGACAGAGCCCAUGUACUGUAAUAAUAAAAAAAGUCUUAACUGCAUGAUAUACACUGCUGAACUGAUCAAAAAGCACAUAAAAUACAAGAUUAACAGUUUUGGCAAUGGCCCAGAUUCAUCAAGCUUAGCGUUGCACCAGCUAUUCAUAAAUCCAUUACUAAGUUUGCGAGUCCUUAAGUUCUUAUAAAACUAUCAGCUAGUUUCAAACUAAAUCACUAAUCAGGUUGCACCAUUAAACAGAAAUGUCUCUUGACAACAGUAAAAACCUUAAUGUGUAAGAAAACACCUGUCGAAAUCAUUCAACUAAAAAAUAUAUUGCCAAAGCAUAUAUUAAACUUAAAUUCUAAUCCUCUGUAAAUGAUAGUUUUGCUUUUUUAUUUUUUAAGAUCUUCAUUCAGAGAAAUAUGUUUCAGAAUAUCUGACCCUGCUAAUCUAACAGAGGUUAUCUAGCUAGUCAUUUAGUUUGUCAUGAGCAUAAACUAUAACUAGCAUGAACUAUGUUCAGUUAUUUCUGUGGAGAUUACCUCAUUAUUAAACAACAUUUUGAUCCAGUGUCAUGUCAGAUAUGUCCAUCAAAUUUUAUAUCACCUGUGUGGUGCAACCUGUUUUAAUUUAGCGAUGUGUAAAUCUUUACUUCGUUUACACUUAGCCUUCGUUAUAAACUGUUUACUUUGAACUUUUGGUGCAACUGGCUCCUGGUUUUAAAAUGUCUCUCAGUUGUUGUUUUACCCAUGUACUUUUUUUUAUUUGUGCUCAUAUUAGUUGUGAAAUGAGGCUUCAUGAAGACUACCAGGAGCAGCUGGAUUAUUUCCACAGAGCUCUCUCCAGGAAAUAGCUUGAUGAAUUACGACCAAUGCCCCUUUUUGCAAUCGCACUCUGGAAUAACUGUAAGUAGGGGCUUCUGUUACUCCCCUUUGUAUUUCUUGUAGGCAAAUAUCAAUCAUAAAAUGUGAAUAUUGACCUGCUGUAGACUGUUGGACAUUCACGUGGUGCAAAAUGAUCCAUUUCUCAUAUGUCACUGUCAGUUUCUUCUUAGCUCUAUCCUUAAUCUCAUUGAUAGGUGAAAAAAAGAAAAGUCAAGCAAUACACUGUUACUAGUGCCAAAUAUGCCACACACACCAGCCUCUUAUAGUGCAUUGUCAGUGAUGAUUUUAUUUCCAGUAACUUGCCUUUUUGAGCAAAUUCCUAGCAUGGAUUUACUGUAGGUGCAUGAAUGAACAAACAGUAUAUACAGUAUAGGUGCUCCAGUCUUUAUUAGAUCUCUCUUCCUGUUAAUGUUUUUAUAGCUGUAGGGUAAGCUUGUGGACAUUUUCUUGCACUGGAGUUUUAAAUGUGUGGAAAUGUAUGGUUAUACUGAGUAGUAUGUCUUCCAGUGACGUUUGUUCAGUUGCACAAAUAUAAGCCAUCUUGUGGCUGUUUCAGGUAUUUAAAUGUGUGUAAGGUAUAUUUUGAUAGACUGGUAGUUUAAUAAACAGAAGGAAAGAAUAGAAAAUAUGUUGUUGAAUGGAGGAUUUUUUUUAAUGUACUACAAUAAUGUGAAGUCUGUGAAAUUAUAAUACCCAGCAUUACUUUCUCCUAAGCCUCUGAAUGCUUCCUCUAAUGCCCAGUGACAAUCAAACCCUGUCAAUAAAGACGUAACAUAUUUA